AUGAAAAGCUUUACAGUUUUCUUCUGCUUUAUUCCUUUCCUCCUCGUUUCGUCGCUUCAGUUUGUUGCAGUACUUGCAGCUGCUGCUCCAGCAGAAAGCAAUGGAGUUUACAUUGUUUACACCGGCGCUGCUGCUUCUUCAUCAACUUGUUUCCCUUCCCACCAUAUUAUGAGCUCUUCCUCCAUGGAAAGAUGGAAAGACAGAGUUAUACACAAAUACACCAAUGGAUUUUCGGGAUUUGCAGCUCAAUUAACCAAAGCGGAGGCUGAAUCAAUUGCCGAAAGGCCUGAAGUUGUGUCAGUUUUCCCUGAAUCAGUUCACCAACUCCAUACAACACAUUCGUGGAACUUUCUGAAGGAUCUGAGUCAGGUUAAAUCCGCACCCCGUUUCACUUCCAAAUCAAGGGCUUCUUCCUUUGGUGAAGAUACCAUCAUUGGCGUAUUUGAUACAGGGAUUUGGCCAGAAGCAAAAAGUUUCAAUGAUGUGGGAAUGGGCCCUAUCCCCAAGCGAUGGAAGGGAAAAUGCAUCCAAGGCCGUGAUUUCAAGCCUUUCAGCUGCAACAGGAAAUUGAUUGGAGCGAGGAAUUACAUAAAAAAUGGUAACUUCACUUCGCCAAGGGACCGUGAUGGACAUGGCAGCCAUGUUGCCGCAAUUGCAGCCGGACGACGUGUUGGCGGGGCAUCCUAUCAUGGCCUGGCUACUGGCAUAGCCCAGGGAGGAUCUCCAAACUCGAGGAUUGCUGUUUACCGUGUUUGUGAUGAUCAAUAUUGCCCGGAUCCGAUUGCUAUUGGAUCGUUUCAUGCUACUGAAAAGGGGAUCCUGGUGAUAGCCUCGGCUGGGAAUGGUGGUGACGUCAACAUCCCUUAUUCGGUCCAUAAUGUUGCUCCCUGGAUACUAACUGUAGGUGCAACCACCAUGGACAGGUUCUUCGAGUCAGAUGUUGUCUUGGGAGGAAACAAAUCUGUUCAGGGUGCUGGUAUUCAUUUGGGCAGGCUCCAGAAAACUCCAGUAUACCCAUUGAUUACUGGCCUUUCAGCUAAGAUUAAUUCGUUCGUGUUUGACGAACAUGCAAGGGCUUGUUACUCAACUGCAUUAGAUGCAAACAAAAUAAAAGGGAAGAUUGUUCUCUGUGAAAGUGGAAACGAACGUGAUUCAGCACAAGGGGCGCUUGAAACAAUAAGAGGCAUGGGUGGAAUCGGAGUAAUAUAUGCAGAUUACUUCUCGAAACUUGUAGACCCGAUUUCUGAUUCUACUCCUUUGGUCGCUAUUAACUGGCAAGAUUCACCCCGGAUUACUUCUUAUAUUAAUUCAUCCAGGAAUCCUGUGGCAACUAUUUUACCUACAGAAGUUGUGUCACAGUACAAGCCAGCACCAUCUGUAGCAUCAUUCUCAGGGAAAGGCCCCAUAUAUGGUAAUGACUACCUAAUCAAGCCUGAUGUAGCAGCACCAGGAGUUGAUAUUAUAUCCGCAUGGCCUUCCAAUGACACAGAUAAAGCCUUCAAUAUACUCUCGGGUACUUCAGUGGCCACUCCCCAUGUUAGCGGAAUUGCUGCCCUAGUCAAAUCCCGAUAUCCCUCCUGGAGCCCUUCCGCUAUUAAAUCAGCUAUUAUGACCACUGCAAUCCAGAGUGACAAUGUGAAUAAACCGAUAAAAAAUGAGGUUGGGAAUCCAGCAACUCCUUACCAAUUUGGAGCCGGAGAAGUAACAAUGUUUGAUCCAUUACGACCAGGGUUAGUUUACGAGACAGAAAUAGCCGAUUAUCUACUGUUCCUCUGCAACUGGGGGUACAAUUCAUCUACAAUAAAACUCAUCUCAUCAUACCUUCCAGCAAACUUUUCUUGCCCAACUAACUCCUCUAAGAAAGAACUGAUGUCUAACAUCAACUACCCAUCAAUUGUCAUCAUUCAAUCCGCUGAUCAAAAGUACCAGACGGUUAAAAGGACAGUGACAAAUGUUGGCGACGAAGAAUCGGUUUAUACAGUAAGUGUCGAAGUUUAUGAGCAGCUGGAAGUCACGGUGAAUCCUACAGAGUUGAAGUUCACGAAAAGUACGAACAAGUUGACCUAUGAAGUUACUUUUAAGUACACUGAUGCUUCAUUCGUUGAUGAAGAAUUUACGCAUGGUUCCAUCACAUGGAGCAAUGACAACAAGUAUCGAGUUCGCAUCCCUUUUAUCGUCAGAAAAUAUCCAAGCCUUCUCUAA